AUGGAGGACUUUUCCCAAUCCCGCGGCGACGACGACCUUUUCGACGACGAAAUCAUCCCCAUUGAGAACCCCCCCUCGCCGGACACCGUCGCUACCCAGCUCGACCAGGUCUCACUUGAGCCUGCGUUGGUGCCUCCCCCGAUAGAAGCCGUCGCUGCAGCUGUUCCUGCUCUGCAAGCCGCAAAUCCGCCCGCCGUAACCUCAUUCGCGAAUGAUGCUCCCAGUUCGGGCUACAGGCAGAAACCAAGAGGACGAGGUGUCGGACAACAAGCCGGACGGGCGGGAGGCGGCGGCGGUGGUGGUGGUGGAGGACCCAGGAAGCCACCACCCACCACCACCACCCCCACCACUGCUGCGGCUGCUGGGUUGGAAGAUUCGAAGUGGGCAACACCGAAAACAGUAGACUCUGAUAGAUCGACCACACGAGCAGCAGCAGCAACAGCAGCGGCGAGUAAGGCGGGGAAAGUAACGGUGCGACCUCAAGAGCCCGCACAGCCAGAGAUGACGAUAGAGACUGAACCUACGGCACGGCCUCAGCAGUCCGCAGCAGCAGAUGAGGCCGCGGUUGCACAACAACCCAACACCAAAACUCCCGCCGUCCGCGGCGAUCGCACACUGACAGGCGGUAUCGCGCGGCCGAAACUCACCGAAGAAGAACUCAGCGCGAAACUCGCGGCCGCCAAAGAACGCUCACAGACCGUGGCGGCCGCGCAUGCGCGCGCGCAAGCCGACGCCGCGAGUUUCCAGGAGAGAGAACGCAUGGCGACGGAGAAGAGGGCCGUCGAGCGCAAAGAGCGGCGCGUCAUGGAAGGGGAGCGCGAGAAGAACCGGCUGAGAAAGCUGGGGAACAGGGAGGGCCGGGAGUGGGAUCGAGAUAAAGAGGAUGUGACGAUGACGAUGACGACGACGAUGAUGAAUAAGAAUAAUGCCGAGGGGUUUAACGCACGAGGCGGACGGGGCGGACGUAGAGGCCCACGCGGAGGAGGAGGUGGUGGGUAUACUGAGUACGGCGGCGGCGGCGGCGGCGGCGGACGGGGGUUUACAGCGGCGGCGGCGGAGGACAACCACGACGACGAUGAUCUCAGGCAGUAUGAGUGGCGUGAUGAUGAUCGGUCAAGAGCAAGGGGAAGAGGGAGAGGUGGCGGCGGCAGCAGAGGACGAGGGCGCGGCGGAGGCAGAGACAGAGGCGGCGGUGGCUCCGGCCCGUCGUGGGAUCAUCAUCAGCAGCAGCCCAAUACCUCCGCCGAAGCUGAAUUUCCCGCUCUCCCUUCUGGCGCGGGCUCGGGCUCGGGCUCGGCGUCCAAACCACCGCAACCGCAACCGCAGAAACAGCACACAGACACAAGCACAAACACAAACUUGGACACGGACACUAAGCCACCUGCAAAGGAGACUCAUAAACCAAGCCCGCGCCGGUGGGAUUCAGCUGGCGGUGGAGGAACAUGGGCAGAUCAGGUCGAGUCCAGCGAGCUGAACGCCGAGAAUGGGGACAAGCCCAAGACCUCCUGGUAG